CAGCCUCGCGAUCACGAAAUCGCGACGAGUUCGUCGACAGGUGCGAGACGCGGAAGGGCGCAGACAUGAAACGGGGAUGCGGCGCGCCUUUGUCUCGUCCGCGCUUUCCUCCAGAGAUAAGAAACCGGCUUUCCCGCCAAAAACGAGCGCUCGAGAAUUCGAGAGCGACAGUUCGCGAUUCUCUGGUCGCGUUGUCGGACGCGAAUCGUCAGUCGCUGUACUCGCAUUUUUUCCGCUGCUCCGCGAACCGAGAAAUUGCGCGGUAGAUCAUCCUCCUUGACCUCGGUAAAGCAACGUUAAAACGCGCUGACGCUCGAUAUAUUUACUCUAUUUGAUACUAUAAUACAGAUGCGCGUGCUAUUAAGGUUGAUUGUUUACUUUUGGAAGAUAAAUUGCAUUGUAAUAAGAACUUUCUAUUAAUGCACAUUUCUACAAAUUGAUAUGUGCUAACUCUGACGAUAGCCGCUCACGAAGUUAGCGCAACAAAAGAACCGAUCAGCAUCGCGGAAAAGUGACAAUUGGCAGUGUGAAAGCAAAGAAAAGACGCAUAAAGGCGAAGGUAAUUGUAUUUCUGGAAGUUGAUAUGAACUCUUCAAAAUCCACUCAAACUUUAAGAAAUAUGUGUGUUGACUUACAUAAUCGAGAAUUCGUGGAAGAGAAGGACGGGUGUGUCACUUCACGCGACAGUUCGACGAAGUCUAUCAGCACGGCGAUUUUUCUCUCGUGAUUGAAGAGGAUCGAGUCGUUCAGUUGGCGACUGGAUCGACGGACUGGCGGAAGACCGGAUUCAUCUCGGUCAGGGUGUAAAACUAAAGGAAACUCAAUAACUGCAAGUUUUGACGAGGAUGGAGAACAAAUAUUCAUCAACUGACAGCAAGUUGAAAAUCUACCUGGCGUACAGUGUCAUUCUCCUCGUCCUUUUCAUCUAUGCCGCAUACAAGGCAAUGAAGGACCGAGCAAUGGCAUCGGUGAUCGCCGUCACCUUCGUCACGUCUGUCUUCGUCGAGGCCUUCCUGAUCUGCGACCUGAUAUUGCGUCUAUGCCAGACAGUGAUCUCGAUCACGGACGUGGACCAGCAAUCCAGAGAGAGCUUUUGGUCGAUGGCAAAAGAUUAUUUCACCCUCAAUACCGCGUCGGUAACAAUUUUUGUCAUCAGCACACUGCUAUGCUUCUGCCUCAGCAUCACCAUCCGCACAUGCCCAUUGAAUUACGUCUGGGACUUUGGGCCUGAGGUAGGAUUGUCAAUGAUGAUAUUUUCCUUCUGCCUGCUCACCAGAAUAUGCAAUCUGGCUGACUGGGAGAAGAGAUCGCUUUCUGAUCUCAGUGUUAUGAAGGGUCUGGAUUAUGGCACGGGUAUGGCGUACAGUUUCUACUAUGGCUACCUAAGAUUGAUUUUACCCUCUACUGAAACCGGCAGGAAGGGAAUAAUUGAGAAAAUCGAGACCUUUGAGGCUAAUCAUAACAUUACAUUCCCAGUACACAAGCUGUUUUUAUUAAUACCGUCGUCAGGAUAUAUUCCACCAGACUUAAAGGAGGCGUCAUAUCAAUGGAUGGAGAGCACCAGCAAUCUGGAAGAGGAAGAACGCAACCGAGCUGGCAAUAUAGGCAGAAUAUAUCUUAACAGUGCUUACAAGAUAUAUCUUGAUGGAAGAAAUUCAGGUAAUGAUCCAGUUUACGCGGUGGUGGAAGGUGCGUCACCUUUGUUAACGUACCACGAAGUACUGCAACACAAUCAUCCAGAAUCCUCUGUGUACAAACGAUAUAAAAGUAAGAUUAUCGAGAGGUUUUAUACAAAACUACUAGAAACUUUGCAAAGCAACCCAGAAACCAGGGAUUUAUGUGAAUUAAUUUAUUACAACGAUUACGACGCAAAUGGUGAUAAAGUUAAUGUUGCAAAAAUAAUAUUAGAAAGGAUAUCCAAAAUAAAGAAAUCUGCAUAAGUACUGAAAGAGAUUAAACGACAUGUAUGUGUCCUUUACUAAAUUUUAUAUAAAUGUAUACUUGAUACUGCGCUACUUUGAUACGAUUAUUCGUACUAUUUUGUAUUUAUAUAUUUUGUUAAGACAUGAAUUUAUUUAAAAUUUAUCUGUAAUACAAAACCAAUAUAAGCAUUGCGUUUGAUGAAAUAUCCUACUUUGCCAAAGAAUUGUAGUGUUUACAAAGCUAAUUUUAUGUAUAACGUUUUAAUUAUAUAUUAUUUAUAAAUAAAUUCUUUAGCACAACUGAUUGAAUUUAUUAUUAUGAAAACAUACAUAGCGUUCAAGUAUACAUUUUAAUAAUUAUGUUUAAUUGUUAUGUUGUUUUAAAACACGUAUAUAUAAUAUUCUCUUUUUGUUUCUACAUACAUACACACACACACACACACACACAUAUAUAUAAAUUUUUUUACUUGCUCUCGGAUUUUAAGUUAAUUUUUCUAACAGAUUUUUGAGAUACUGGUGAAAAGUACUGUGACUGCAGCUACAUGUUUUUUUAGAUUAACAUUUUUUCGAAGAAUAUCGACAGUUUUUUUAUAUUAUAACACGAAUAUAAAAUUUUAUAAAAAUGUAUAAUUAACAAAACUAUACGAAGCUUUAUUUUACUACACAAUUUUCUUAUUAUAUAUGUACAAUGUUUACAUAUACGACUUGGUCGAUCUUAAACUGACACAAGAUAUUUUUGCUCAAGAAUGCAGUUACGAUACUUUUCAUUGCUCAAUUUUCAUAUUUUAUGUACUUAAAUAUUGUUAUACGCGAUGUACAAAAUAAUAACAGUAAAAUUUGUAUAUGUAUAAAA